CACUAAAAUGGGAGAGAAUUGGAGUCAUUUUCUUAAAUAGAAAAAGGCAUUUGCCACUGGUUGCUUUUGGCAUUCCUGUAAAGGAAGUAGAUAUGGGUGACAAAGAUAAAUUUGAGUUAGAAAAUAGGAACGAGGAUCCUAUGAACUAUGCACCUAGUGUGUCAGACUGGGGAUUUGGCGGUGCCAAUCUCACGAAUACAUCUAUCGGUUUGGCUCCCAAGGUAAAUCCGAUGGCUGUUAGCAAAGGAGACCUUAUUGGAUCUUCUUCUUGUUCAUCUACUUCAAUGGUGGAUGCAUUUGGCCCAACCAUUUGGGACCACCACGCCAAUUCAGAAAACCUGAGAUUUUGUGACAAUGGUGUCCAGAAAAAUACUUCAGACACGUUUGGGAGAAAAGGAGAUCCUGUCGCCCUAAGAAGUAUUGAUAAAACAUUUGAUAUGGGUUGGAAUCCUACGAGUUCAAUGUUGAAAGGAGACAUUUUCUUGCCAAAUGCACCUGCAAUGCUUCCGCAGAGGUUACCUCAGUUCCCAGCGGAUUCUGCGUUCAUUGAGCGUGCUGCUAGGUUCUCAUGCUUCAAUGGUGGGAAUUUUAGUGAUAUGUUUAAUCCUUUUGCGGUUCCUGAAUCUAUGGGUCUUUUUUCUGGGGCCGGGGGGGUGAUGCAAGGGACGCAGGAGGCUUUUGCUGGGAGUGGGUUGAAAUCCGUGUCUGGCGGGCAGUCUAAAAAGAAUGAACCGAGUGUUGGUGAAGUUUCCAAGGAUGUUUCUUUGUCUGUUGAGCAUGGGGCUGCUGGAGGGAGACCACCAAAGGAUGAGAGAAGUCAGAGCCAUGUGAGAUCUCAUGACGAAUCUAAACAACGCAGUGGUGGGUCAGGUAAUGAUUCUGAUGAAGCCGAGCUUAGCGGUGCUGGUGAUCAAGAUGAGCCAUCUAUGUUGGAGGGUGCAGGUCGGGAACCUUUUGCUAAGGGACUUGACUCGAGGAAAAGGAAAAGGAAUGGCCAGGAUGCUAAACUUGAUCCAGCCAAAGGAGCUGCUCAGCAGUCUGGUGAAUGCGCGAAGGAUAACACUGAAAUUCAACAGACGGGAGACCAAAACCCAACCUCAACUACUAACAGGAGCUCUGGGAAACAUGGUAAACAGGGUUCUCAAGCUUCAGAUCCACCAAAAGAAGAGUACAUUCAUGUCAGAGCUCGGAGGGGCCAGGCAACUAAUAGUCAUAGUCUCGCAGAAAGAGUAAGAAGAGAAAAAAUCAGUGAACGGAUGAAGUUUCUUCAAGACCUUGUACCUGGUUGCAGCAAGGUCACUGGUAAAGCGGUGAUGCUGGACGAAAUCAUUAACUAUGUACAGUCACUGCAACGACAGGUUGAGUUUUUGUCGAUGAAACUUGCUACUGUCAAUCCACGGCUAGAUUUUAAUGUCGAAGGGCUCCUGGCAAAAGAUAUCCUUCCGUCACGAGUGGCCACUUCAUCUACUCUGGGAUAUUCACCUGAUAUUCCAAUGGCUUAUCCUCCGUUGCACCCAUCUCAACGAGGACUUAUUCAAGCUGGUCUUCCUGGCAUGGGAGGCUCAUCUGAUUUACUUCAAAGAACCAUUCAUUCUCAGUUGACACCCAUGGCUGGAGGAUUCAAGGAACCCACACAGCUACCUAAUGUCUGGGACGAUGAGCUCCACAAUGUUAUCCAGAUGAGCUAUGGAACCAGUGCUCCUUCCAAUACCCAAGAUGAAGAUGGGUCCUUGCCAUCUGGGCAGAUGAAAGUUGAACUUUAAUUAGCUUUUGGAUUUCAUUGUACUAUUAUGGCCUGGUGUAUGCCUGUGCAGCUUCUUACAUUUCAAGGAAAUAACAAAGCUCAAGAGGUUUCCUCUUCCAUGGAAAAAGAUUUAACACCAUCCAUAUUCGGCUCAAUUUGUGUAGUAAAGUGAGAUGCUAGCCUGGGUAGAAGCUUGAAGGAACUGUCACAUGAUCCAAAGAGAGAUUUUUCUACAGCUUUGCGGAUUCUCGGAGAUAUUAUGCAGCAGCAGAAGCCACUGUUGUUUCUUUUGUAGUGGCUUUAAACACUAAACAUCCAGACGAGAAUCCAAUCUUCACGAGAAUGAAUAGGUUUGUGAAUCAAGGGUGUACAGUAAAGUUCAAAAACCUCAGUAGACAGGCCAAGUGGGAGGGAGACACUCUCAUGUCGGGGCAAUUUUUUCUAGUCUUAUGAAAUUUGAAGGGUGCAUUUUACGAGAAGAUUGCAGGGGAAAUCCUGGUAAUGUUUUCUCCAGUUUAGGUUUGUUUUAAUCCAUAUACUAACAAAUGUAAUGUUGUUCCUUUUUUUCUUCCUCCCCUUCAUCUCCAUUCUUUCAACUCCGUGGUAAUAUUGGAGUAAAAACAUACAAUUUCUGUGACUAUUUCUGGACUAAAUCUGAAGCCUCUCUAAAUUCAUCAUA